AUGGCUCAUAUUACCUCUCCUCGAAGACCUCUCACAUCUGCUCAUAGUUUCAUAUCAAAACCCUAUGGCUCCGACACAGUGUCGCCUGAUGGAUUGGUUGACUCCCUUUUCGACAUAUCCAUCGUUCAACAUCGAUGUCUCUUCGAUGCCCUUCAUAAUGUCGUGGCAGCAGCGGCAGAAGCCCCUGCCAAAAAGGUUGACCAUGACACGCACCUCAAACAACUGGCGAAGGGGGAUAGUUGGAAGGUGAAAAUGUAUCCACCGCUCCAACAAGUGUGUGACCACAUCGUCGAUUUCUUGUACCGGAGCGAGCCCAAAGCGACGAGGAGGAUCAAGAUCGCUGCGAACAGGCGACUCAAGGGUGCAGAAUAUACGGCCAGCUUUCCAAACGUUGCUCCAGACGGAACUGGAUCCCGCGUCCUUGAGUGUGCUUCCUGGCUGGAUGUUGACUGGUUCAUGGAAAUCAAACCCAAGGAAACCCAAGGUGUUGCCGCGAAAGAUACAACCAUUCCCGAGGUCGUCUGUCAGGCUGCUGAUUACGCUCGACUCCAUUUAUCUUGUCGCCCUUUUCAACUUUUCUCAGUCGGCCUUCUCAUCUUCGGGCGCAAGUUCAUGGUGGGCAUUUUCGAUAGGGAUGGCGUCUCCCUUUCCCCCAUAUCCGACUUCUGCGACGGAGGCGAAGGCUUUAAAGCCUUCAUCAAAGUGAUCUACAGACUCGUCGGCCCGCAUCUCUCGGAUAUUGACCUCGGACACGACCCUACCGCUGCACCUUUAAGCCCCUCGGCUGAUCUCCGCGCAGCUCUUCGUGAGCUCGCCAUUUCACGACAGCUAUCGCCAGAUUUCCCGCUAUACUUGGUAUUAUGCCCGAGGGAGCACACGACGAAGGUCCGGGGUGCGACUUUGACAAAGUGUGUCCAGGAUACGUGGGUGACAGUUGGCCCUCCCAUUUGGGUGUCCCUAUCCUUUAUUGGCCGAGGCACGAGCAUCUGGCCUGUAAUUCGGGUUACAAUGGAGUCUGGCGAGUGGACCAUCGCCAACGGUGCAUUGGUCUCGAUCCUCAAGAAUGCGUGGCGCAACAGCGGACGCACUGGAGAAGCUUUCAUCUACGGGAGCCUCAAUUCCCCUCCCCCUGGCGUAGCUCGCUUCCUACAAGGAGGCGAUGUCCUGUUCGAUGUCAAGACCAACAUACCGAUCUCGGUGCACAAUCUGCGUAGUCACUAUCCGUACGACGCAUUGCUCCAUAGAGGCGAGGAGGAUGCUAAAGCUAACGCUGCGCCUGCGCCUGGGACUACGACGACAGUCCUCCAUCGCCUUAUCCUGCAGACCAUCGGGCGGCCGUUGUGGCAUUUCGCACCAGAUCUCCUCCAUGCCCGCUUGUUCUCAGUACCUCGUUCGAUAGGCCAUCAGCAGCUCGUUGCUCAUGGAAUCCUCCAUCGAGAUAUAAGCGCUGGUAAUAUUAUGAUAUCCGCCUCGAGUAACCCCAGUGCAGGUGAAGACGGGUUCUUGAUGGACUUGGAGUUUGCGAGUAUUGUUGAAAUCGUGCAUGUUACGUCGAUCAAUGGGGUUCCACAGCGUACGACGUGGAGUCCCCCGAGGCGCGGUGUCCAGAUGACCGGCACCGUGCAGUUCAUGGCCAGAGACAUCUUGCAGUCCCUCGUCAACAAGAAGCCGAUUGAACAUACAGAAUCGCACGAUCUUGAAUCGUUCGCUUGGGUCUUUGCCUACGUCGUGCUUCGCCGUCUACUUCGCGAUUCGGGAGAUGAGAGAAAAUCGACACUCACAAAGGACGAUCGACUCGCUAUCAAAACGACGUACGACCAAUCAUUCGGCGCUCUGAAGCUCGAUACCGUGCUGACCCAGCGUCGUUCACUGGGCGUGUUCGACUCGAGAGUAAACAGGAUAGAAGGACUUGUCCCGACAGCUAUCGCCGACUUCAUGGACUGGUUGGGCAUGAUGGUCGGCGCAAACGAUGUAGGCGUUAAGCCCAUUCCUCUAAGUGUCGCCGGUGCAGUUCCUCAACGGGUGCAGAAGAAGAUGUCACACGUGGAUGUCAUCCUCAUCAUCGACGCCACCAUCCAAAGCCUCGCCAGCGAGGUGCUGAUCGACGGAUGA